AUGCAGGGUUGUCGUUGCCCCCACUGGAUUUACUGACUGGGCCAACGAUACAGCAGCAUACACUGGUGUUGGCUUGACAGUCUGUGGCCAACUCUGUCUUUCGUCGUGAAUUGUAGCGUGUUCUUGCUACAAACAAGAUGUAUGUAUAAUUUUGGAAUGGCAAAAAGAACGGGAGAUUAGGAUUGAAAACAUUUCGGCGCGGCGUUCUUCAGAGGAAAGGAAUCUUCUUUCGUGGUGGCGGAUUUUUUUGUUGUUGCCUGUAGCAAUUUCAUUGGCUGUGGACAUUUUGGAUUCAUUUUAAUGUCCCUUUUUUAAUAUUUUUAACCCAAAUAUCUUAUCAAAUCGAAUACUUGUGUCCCCCGUCUUAUUUUAGUCAUUACUUUUUGUUUAUUGUCUGACACACUGGACACUGUUUUUCAGCGAGACGCAAACUCGGAAUGCUAAACAACUUUCGAGGGGAUUGGUCUCUCGCGAAAGAAUGCGUUUGCCAACUGGAUAGCUAGCCAGUUAUCUAGCUAGCUAACGCUAAGUGUACAUUGAGUGGAUGCUUGAAGGGGAAAACGUAGUCGGCUAGCGAAUUUAUACAGUUUAAAAGUUUCGUGGUUUUUAAGCUAUUUCUGGACUAUAUAACUAAUUCGACAUCAUUUUACGAUAAGCACCUGUGCUGCUGUUGGGUCUCUCACCUGCCAUCAGCUGGGAUCCAGGGGCCUAGGUCAUAAAUGACAAGUGCCUGAGGAUGUCGAGCAAGCGGAACCUGUUUGUGCGUCUGGUGCCGUGCCGCUGCCUGCGGGGGGAGGAGGAGGCGGUGACGUCUCUGGACUACUCCCACUGCAGCCUGGAGACUGUGCCCAAGGAGAUCUUCAGCUUGGAGAAGACCCUGGAGGAGCUCUACCUGGACGCCAACCAGAUCGAGGAGCUGCCCAAACAACUGUUCAACUGCCAGUUGCUCCACCGGCUGAGCAUGCCAGACAAUGACCUCACGGUGCUGCCUGCGGCCAUCGCCAACCUCGUCAAUCUCAGGGAGCUGGACGUCAGCAAGAACAGUAUCCAGGAGUUUCCAGAAAAUAUCAAGAACUGCAAAGUCCUGGCUAUCGUUGAAGCGAGUGUGAAUCCCAUCUCCAAGCUCCCAGAGGGUUUCACCCAGCUCCUCAGCCUGUCACAGCUCUACCUGAAUGACGCCUUCCUCGAGUUCCUUCCAGCCAGCUUCGGCAGGUUGACCAAACUGCAGAUCCUGGAGCUGAGAGAGAACCAGUUAAAGAUGCUGCCAAAAAGUAUGCACAAGCUCACCCAGUUGGAGAGGCUGGACUUGGGGAGUAACGAGUUCACUGAAGUGCCUGAGGUAUUGGAGCAGCUCACUGGAAUCAAAGAGCUGUGGAUGGAUGGAAACAGACUGACGUUCCUACCAGGGAGGCUGGGCACUCUGAAGCAGCUGUCCUACCUGGACGUGUCCAAGAACAACCUGGAGAUGGUGGACGAGCAGAUCUGUGGCUGUGAGAGCCUGCAGGACCUGCUGCUCUCUAACAACGCACUCACACAGCUGCCCGGAUCCAUAGGCUCCCUGAAGAAACUAACCGCUCUGAAAGUGGAUGAGAACCAGCUCAUGUAUCUUCCCGACUCUGUCGGAGGGCUGGCAGCCCUGGAUGAGCUGGACUGUAGUUUUAACGAGAUUGAGGCUCUGCCCUCCUCCAUCGGACAGUGUGUCAGCAUGCGCACCUUUGCCGCUGACCACAACUUCCUCACACAGCUGCCCCCAGAGAUGGGCAGCUGGAAGAGUGCCACCGUGAUGUUCCUGCACUCCAACAAGCUGGAGUCUCUGCCCGAGGAGAUGGGAGACAUGACCAAGCUCAAGGUCAUCAACCUCAGUGAUAACAAGUUGAGGAAUCUUCCGUACAGCUUCACCAAGCUCAACCAGAUGACUGCUAUGUGGCUGUCUGAGAACCAGUCGAAGCCCCUCAUCCCUCUGCAGAAGGAGGAGGAUCCAGAAACCCACAAGACAGUUCUCACCAACUACAUGUUCCCCCAGCAGACCAGAACGGAGGACUACAUCCCCAGCUCUGACAGCGAGAGCUUUAACCCCUCCCUGUGGGAGGAGCAGAGGAAGCAGCGGGCCCAGGUGGCCUUCGAGUGUGACGAGGACAAGGAUGAGAGGGAGACGCCUCCACGGGAGGGCAACCUGAAGCGCUACCCGACACCAUACCCAGACGAGCUGAAGAACAUGGUGAAGACGGCCCAGUCAGUCGCCCACAGGCUGAAGGAGGACGAGUCAGGCAACGAGUCAGGGAAGGAUGCCAGACCUAGCGAGCGUAACCAUGUGGGAGUGCAGGACGUGGGAGUCAAGGUGAUUGAGGCUCCCUGUGCCAACGGCAAGCCAGUGGAGAUGGAGCCCAAAGCGCCUGUCUGUGUCCAGGACUCCACGGCACCCCUGGAGACCUCUGAAUCCUACAACUCCCAGAAGACCUCUCUCCGAACCUCCGACAACACCAGGACCAUGAACCAUGAGGACACCCUGGAGUCUUUUUCUCUGCAGGACUCCGAGGAGCUUUCGUCUGAGGAGGAGGAGAUGAAGAUGGCGGAGAUGAGACCUCCUCUGAUCGAGAUCACCAUCAACCAGCCCAAAGUGGUGGCCCUAAGUAAGAAUAAAAAAGAUGACGGUAAAGACGCUGACUCGUUGCUGGACGAGACGGUGGCCAACAGCAAUCAGAACAACAGCAACUGUUCGUCCCCGUCGCGCAUGUCGGACUCGGUGUCUCUGACCACGGACAGCAGCCAGGACAACUCCCUGUGCACCCCCGAGAGAGAGGCCAAGAUGCCCUUCCUACCCAAAAGCAGGCAAGAAGAUGUAAACAUGAACCAGCGGAAGGAGAGCACCCCUCUCCUCCAGAACGGCAAUGGCUCAGCCACGUCCCUGCAGGCCCUCCUGAAGACCCAGCAGGGCUACGAGUCUAAGCCCGAGAAGAUGGUGGUUGACUACGACCUGUCCAUGGAGAGGCUGGCCUUCAUCGAGAAGGGCAACAACAACGGCAUGGGUGACGCCUACACCAAGUGGGACCAGAUCAACAUGAAUUUGGCCAAGCUGCCGCCUCAGCCGGACAACAUGGUGGUCCAACCGGACGACCGCCCGAACGGCUCAAGCGCCAAGGAGGACUUUAACCACUUGCCUCCCCCGUAUAACAAUGACAACUCUACGGCGCCCAUCACGGACCACUUGAAGAACGGCAACCAGCUGGGCGACCACUUCAAUAGCCACUCCAGCGAGGGACUGGCUGUGUCGCCUAUGAGGGUGGACUCUGCCACGUCGAUGGUGCGGACGGCUUCUGCGGGCGUGACGGCCAGCAGCAACAUGUCUCUGUCUCGCAGCACCGAGGAGCUGUCCCCGGAGAAACGAUGCUCCCCUCCUGUAGUGGCGAAGGCUCAGAGCAUCACCAACAUCGAGGCAGGGGGGAUGAAGCUGUACUCCUUGGACGCUGAGGGGGGCUCCUAUGAGGGUGGCGUGGUGGGCAGGAUGGCCGGAGCCGGCCCGGGAGCCCAGGGCCAGAGCAUCGUCCGCAGCAAGUCAGCCUCCCUGCUCAACGACCAGCCCUUCCAGGUCUACUCCGGUUCCUCAGCUUCCUCCUCCGACCUGCUCUCCAGCUCCUCCAAGCCCCCCGUCAGCACCGGCCGCUACCCUGUCCCCUCUGGCAUGGCCAUGGGCCCGCCGCCCCAGUACAAUGUCCAGUACUCCAGCAGCACCAUGCCCAAAGACGGCCUGUGGACCCAGAGGACCCCCGUCCUCCCCGACCAGGGCUUCCUUCCUCCGCCCCAGCAUUCUCUGGCCAACACCAACUACUCCAACCGCAACCAGGCUCCUCCCUACCUCCUCCAGGCCCAGCAGAGAGGCCCGCCCACGGGGCCCACGCCCGGUGAUAUGUGGGCUAAGGAGAGACACCUGCCACUCGGAGGUCAGCCACGGAGCGGCACCCUUCAGAGGCAAAGCAGCAGCAGUACCUCCAUGGGGGACCCCCGGCGCAUGCAGGUGCCCGAGGGAGAGUACAUGACGUACAGGGACAUCCACACCCUGGGCCGGGGGCCGCUGGCCGUCGCUCAGGCCAUGCAGAGGCCUCUGUCGGCCCGUACCUACAGCAUUGACGGGCCCAGCACCCCAAGGCCCCAGAGCUCCAGGCCACAGCCCCACGAGCUGCCCGAGAGAACCAUGUCAGUCAGCGAUUUCAACUACCAGCACGUCAGCCCCAGCAAGAGGCCCAACGCCAGGGUGAAGUCUGAGCACUCUUUGCUGGAUGGGCCGGGAGGACCGGGAGCAGGAGGAAGGGUACCGGUGGACUGGAGAGAUCAGGUGAUGCGCCACAUCGAGGCCAAGAAGAUGGAAAAGAACGCCUUGUCUCGGUCCUAUAAUUCCAAUUACGCCCCGCUGAGCUGCUCCCACUACGGCAGCUCUCGGGACGUGCACCACUCAGGCAGCCAAGGCUCUCUGGUCUUUAGUGCUGCCGCAGACGGACGGCCUUAUGGAGCCCAGGUCCAUUGUGAUGACGUGUUUGGACCUCAAGGGCAGCAGGGCUACACCAUGGACACCCUCCGACAAGUGCCUUCAUUGAACGGUCAGCUGGGCGGUCCGGUGCGUGGCCAGAUGACGUCGUGCCAGACGCCCAUGGCCCGCCACCCCUCCAGAGAGCAGCUCAUUGACUACCUGAUGCUCAAGGUCUCCCAUGGCCAGCAGCCCCAGGGGCCCCCUCCACCACGGGCCGACCACGACACACUGCAGCAGGAGUUCCGGGUCAAAGUGGAGAAGAACCCCGAGCUGGGGUUCAGUAUAUCAGGAGGAGUAGGAGGACGGGGAAACCCUUUUCGUCCAGACGAUAAUGGCAUCUUUGUGACAAGGGUCCAGCCUGAGGGACCUGCCUCCAACAUACUCCAGCCUGGAGACAAGAUCCUCCAGGCAAACGGAUAUAGCUUUGUGAACGUUGACCAUGGGAAUGCCGUGGCCCUGCUGAAGACAUUUCCCACCACUGUGGAUAUGAUCAUCGUCCGAGAGUUGGCGGCGUAGGGAGAGACAGACGGGACUGUGGAGCGACGACCUCCAAUCCUCAGAGGAGCCUGGUCUAUAAAUAGAAGAAUUGAAGUGCUUUAUGGGGGAGAGAACCUUCUAGAGCUUUUGGGAUAACGGGGGCCGAACCACUGCAUCAAGUGGACUUAGUGAGGGAGGAGAGGGACCUGGGGAGGGGGAGCAAACAUCUGGAAGCAUGCGUUGUCGACUUAGUCGUCUUAAAGAAGAAGUCACUGUGGGAUAGCCGGUUAUUUUUUACACAGAGGGCGCUGCAGAGAUGGCGUGUGCUCCAACGACACAGAGAUCAACAAAAAAGUGCUUUCUGAAUCGUUAGACUUUCGUUUUUUUGAAGAAAAUAAUAUUCCUACAUCAUUCCGGAGUUGUAGUUGCUGUAGUUGAGCAUUAACUGUAGUUGACCACUAGAGGGCAGGGCUCCGUCUGUCUCUCUCUGCCCUCCCUUUUUAAAUCAUGUAUUUUUUAUUUUAUUUAAUAGAUGUUGAGACCACUUAUUUGACCUAGGUGACAUUUGAUCUGGGGGACUAUGUUAUGUGCUUUCUUGUGGAGAUGAAUGUAGUGCUGGUUUGCGCUUUCAGAACGAUGUUUAAGAAUCCCCCCCCCCCCCCCCGCCUACUUGCAAUUGUGACAGUUUUCGACCAGGUCCUGUACAUGGUGGAUAGUUGAGAAGGACAAUUAAUUUGCUUCUGCCUCCAUAAAGCCUGUGAGCCACACAAUGCAUACAUUUAUUAUAUACUGUCCACAGUCUAGGAACAGUUUUAGUAGCCUCCGUGGAACCACUGGCUUGGAAUAUCCCUCACCUGAAAAGACCUGCCUGUGCCGUCACUGAACUCCUGACAGACGAGGAUACUCACUCCGUCACUGAAACAGCUACUCCGGUUGCUGACGACUUGGAUGCUGUAAAACACUCUUCGUAUGUGAAAUGGAAUUGGGACUGGGAUAUGGAACAGAUCAUGAUAUUUCUUUACAAAGGAGGCAUGUCUUUGCUUGGCCUUAAUUAGCCUAGCCAGGAUGUGAGAUAGUGGGUCAGGAGGCAGAGUGGUAAUGGCAGGUCACCAAAACAUGUGUUGAGGCCAUGGUCAGGGUUUGGGGAGGUGCUGUUGGGAGUGACGCCCUAUUCCCCAAAGUGCGCUACAUACUAGUGGUGCACUAUAUACAAAGGAUAUAGCAUGUGAUUUGAGAUGCAGCCUGUCAGACUCCGCCCCUUCCACUCAAGACUCCGAGCAGGUUUAGGCCUGGUUUCUGGGCCCCUUCCACUCAAGACUCCGAGCAGGUUUAGGCCUGGUCUCUGGGCCCCUUCCACUCAAGACUCCGAGCAGGUUUAGGCCUGGUCUCUGGGCUCCUUCCACUCAAGACUCCGAGCAGGUGUAGGCCUGGUCUCUGGGCCCCUUCCACUCAAGACUCCGAGCAGGUUUAGGCCUGGUCUCUGGGCCCCUUCCACUCAUGUUGGUAAGAUUUUAAAGGGCUUCUCCCUCAACUCAGCCACUGGUGACUAGAAAACACUCACAAAACAGUUUGAGAUUAAAAAGGGGUUUAUGUCUGUCUAACAUUUUUGUUUAAGUGUGGGAAAACAACCAUAGUUUGCCUUUUUGUGUAUAAAAAUCAUAUUUUUUAGACAUCAAUCUAGGCUUUUCACUCUCUUUUUGUGUUGGGAUAGUGUUUCAUGCAUGGACUCUUUGCUCUACGCUGGGGGGGACUGAGCUGUUAAGUGCCAUAGACCUUGAACUGUUUGAACAAGGGGGUGGAGGGAGUGACUACCCUGAGACCCAAGCAAUAUUCACAUAUUUCUCUUCACAACAAACUAAACGCUCUCUUCUUGAGUACACCCCGUGUGACUCGACACAAUGGUUUAAUAGCAAUAGUCAGCGGCUUUAUUUUCAUUCAGAAAGACAUCCAAUUGCAUUUUUUUUUAAGACCUAUAAAAGGGAAAAAAGGCAAGAAGAAACCCUUUUAGUGAUCGCUGAUUGUUAUACAGGAUUUUAUAAAGAAUCUUUUCUAAUGAAAAAACAACAUGGGGAGUUACCUUUUGUAGCAAAGAUAGUCAAAUGUAAAAGUCUGCAUUGUACCAUAGUGAAUGCUCUUGCAUCACUCAGCCCUCGGCUUAUAUAUGAGUUGCAGGCUUUCCCAAACUUGCCUGCUCGGAAAACUGUUCAAACCAACUGGUUACGUGUAUCUGUGCAAACAUUCAUAACUUUUACCCCAGUGUAAAAGAAACUCAAUCCGAGCUGCAAAGUCAUUUGUAAUGUUUCUAAUUGAAUAGUGUCAAGUUAUAAAAAUGCACUUGGUGUAAUCAACAGUCUAUAGAUGUAUGUGUUGUUUUACGCUAUGUCCACUUGGUGUAAUCAACAGUCUAUAGAUGUAUGUGUUGUUUGCAUGAAUUCACCCAAUGAAUUGUCUAUUUUGAAAAUUGAAUCCAUGAAACCUUUUAGAAAGAUUUCCUAUAGAAAGCAAACGAUCCAAUUCAAAGAUCUCUACAAGUUAUUACCCCACUGAACCUUUUUUGUAAAUCGAUUGUAAUGCAAACACUGAAUUGUGACAGAGCGUAUAUAAAGUGCUUAUCAGAGAUUGAUCAUUGUUUUUUGUUUUUUUCCCACACAUUUAAUGGCAAUGUCGUUAUCCAAAUCCUUCGCAAAUUCCAAAAGGUAUGCAUGUAAUUCAUUGUUACUUUAUGCGUACAGCUAAAGAUUAUACUCAUGUUACUGUCAACUUGUGACUCGAAUAGAAAACAUUGUCAAUGUUUGCUCCCCUUUUUUCCAUUUUGAAUUCCAACUGAACAUUGCCCCCAAAUGAAACUGUACCAUUUUUUUUUAAGCAACUGCAGACCCAGUGGCACGCUCAUAACUGCAGAUAUUUGUCAUUGGUCAAUGUUAGCCUAGAGAGGUAACAUAUUGACUUGUUAAGGUUUCUCUCCUGCAUGAUUACUGUACACCAUGUUUUAAAUUAGAACAUUGUAAUUAUGCUUUUUGCACUGUGUUGCUUUACUUUUUUUCUGGGAAUAGGAACAAUCUAAUGAGAUUUCUUGGGUCAAUGUCAUAUUUAGACCUUGUACAAUCUGGGACUAAAACCUAGGGGGUCACCUGUCUGCCAUAUCCAAGAUAAACUGGUCUUCUCUUCAUUCUCCCACCUUGUUUUUAUUUAUUUAGCUCAGUCUCCUGUGACUUUUUAGACAUUACUAAUCAAAAUGUAAAUACUUUUUUUUUAAAGUUAAGAAAUCAAUUAAUCAUGGCAUUAGUCACUCAGAGUUUGUAAAACCAGCAAUAAAUUGCAACGCAGACACAACCCGUUUAAUGUAUAGCUAUUUCAAAGGUUUCUCUGGAAACAGCUACAGUAAGAUGAUUGAUAUGCAUUCAUUCAACAUUCCAGAUUUUGUAUAUAACUGUUUCUGAGUUAACCUGUGGAAAAUAAGAAAUAAACUAAUGCUCUUUA